UUGGUGCUAGUGCCAUACAGGACCGAGCAUGUUCCAACAUAUCAUGAGUGGAUGAAAGACGAGUUUCUUCAAAAAAUGACGGCAUCAGAGCCUCUUACGCUUGAGGAAGAGUAUGAGAUGUGCGAGUCUUGGCGCACAGAUGAAUCAAAGUGCACGUUUAUUGUAUUAUCGCAGGAUAUGGCAGACAAUCGACACGGACCUUUGUGUGAGAUAGCAGGGAUGAUUGGUGAUGUGAAUCUGUAUCUGAACGAUCUAGACAAUGCUCAGAAUGCAGAAAUUGAGGUUAUGAUUGCAGAGCCAAGUGCCAGGAGAAAAGGGUUUGGCAAGUGUGCGACGCAUAUGAUGAUGAGAUACGGCCAAGAACAGUUGGGAUUGAAGCAGUUUACAGCCAAGAUCUCGUUGGAGAACCAAGCAAGUCGAGCCAUGUUCCGAUCGCUGGGAUACCAGUCAGACAGUGUAUCACAAGUGUUUCAAGAAGAAACACUUGUAUGGAAGUGUCAUGGAUUGAUCCCAGACAUGCAAGGGAAACCAGACUUCAAUGAAGGGUUGUAA